AUGGCCAAGUCGCAUCGAAUCCUCCUCACGGGGGCGAACGGAUACAUCGCGCAGCAUAUCCUCUGGCAACUUCUGGAAGAGGGGUACUCGGUGCGCGCCGUCGCCCGCUCAGAGUCCAAGAUCGAGCCUCUACGAAAGACCUUUGGCAAGUGGCUAGGUACGCCGCAACUCGACUUCGGCGUUGUCCCGGACAUCGCCAUCCCCGGAGCCUUCGACGCCGUCCUACAGUCGGACCCGCCGUUUGACAUCGUCAUCCACACGGCGUCGCCUUUCAAACUUAACCCGGAGGCUGGCAGCUUCUUCCUGGACCCGGCCAUCAAGGGCACUACGGGAAUCCUGUCGGAUAUAGCGCGCGUGGCACCGAGCGUGCGACGCGUCGUUAUCACGUCGUCGUUCGCAGCGAUAGCCGACUUUCUCGGGCCGCCUAUCUCGAACCCGGCUAAGGUGUAUACCAGGGACGACUGGAACCCGAUAACGCUCGAGGCGGCUCUCGCCACGGACAACGUCAUGGCCACGUACCCGGCGAGCAAGAAGUUUGCGGAGAAGGCAGCAUGGGACUUCGUGAAGGAAGGGAAGGGCAACUUCGAGCUGGCAACGGUGAAUCCGCCGGGAGUGUACGGCCCGGUGCUCGACCCGUCGCAGAUCGCGAAGCCGGAAGACCUCAACCAAAGCACGGUGCUGAUCUACGACGGCCUUCUGAAGCCCGGCCUGAAGCCAAGCGACCCGGUGCCUUCGACGUACAUUAACCUCUACGUCGACGUGCGAGACUGCGCCCGCGCGCACGUGCUCGCAGCCACGUUGCCAGAGGCGGCGGGCAAGCGGUGGUUCACCUGCGCGGGCGAGCUGACUUACCAGGGAAUGGCCAACUACCUUCGAGAGGCGCUGCCGGAGAAAAGGGACGUGAUACCCAUCGGAGACCCGGAGAACACGGGUAUGCCGGAGGGCUGGUUCCAGGGAAGCAGUCCCGAGAUCGAAGAGGUGUUGGGCUUGAAGUUCAGGCCGGCCGAGGAGACGAUUAAGGACUUGGGACCUCAACUGGUCGACAUCGAGAAGAGAGCGGCGGCAGCAGCAUCGGCAACGGCAUAA